UUAACAGCUCAAUAUUCGAGAAUUACAGCCGGGCUGGCUUUGCAUCACCCAACGGAUACCGCAUCAUCACCCGACACGCACAUAUAGAGUACAUUCUCCGAUUUUAAGUAUCAUCGGGACAUUGAUGCAUUUUCCUAAACGGUCACCCUAGCGGGCCAACCGUUGUUUUUUGCUCUUAUUUCCCACCCGUGCGCGUCCCGAGGCUGAUCCAGGCUAUAAGAUGGCUGAGCUGAAUUUGGGGAAGGGGUUGACUGCGGGGAAAGUGGCCAGCAACGUUCAGAAGAAGCUAACGCGAGCCCAAGAGAAGGUUCUGCAGAAGCUCGGAAAAGCAGACGAGACCAAAGAUGUUGCUUUCGAGGAGGGAGUCAUAAACUUCAACAAGCAAUAUGCUGAAGGGAGCAAACUCCAACGGGACCUCAGAGCAUAUCUGGAGGCUGUGAAAGCCAUGCACGAGUCCUCGAAGAAUUUGCAAGCAUGCCUGGCUGACAUGUAUGAGCCUGACUGGUAUGGCAAGGAUGAAGUUGAUUCCAUUGUGGAGGACUGUGAUGUGCUCUGGACUGACUACCAUCAAAAGUUGGUUGAUCAUGCACUCAUCUCCAUGGAUACCUAUUUGGGACAGUUUCCUGAUAUCAAGGCCCGUAUUGCCAAGAGGGACAGAAAAUUGGUGGAUUACGACAGUGCCAGACACAACUAUGCCACCACACAUAAGACCAAGAAAAAGGAUGGCGGUAUUAAAAUUACCAAGCCAUCCUCUUUGUUAGAGAGGGCAACCCCUGGCUGGGCUCAAGGGAUCCUGUCUGCACACAAUGUUGCACAGAGUAGCUUAUCCAGGAGCCAGGCAGAGGAGGAGUUAGAGAGAGCGCAGAAGGUGUUUGAGGAGAUCAAUAUUGACUUGCAAGAGGAGUUACCUUCACUUUGGAACAGUCGUGUUGGAUUUUAUGUCAGCACCUUCCAGAGUUUGGCUGGUUUUGAGGAAAAGUUUCACAAAGAAAUUAGCCGGUUGGAUCAGGAUUUAUAUGAUGUUUUGGAGAAACUUGAAGAGACAGACACCAGCAGUGGCAUCGAUGAGUCCAACCAUACUCUCAAACCAGGAGGACCGCCGCCAAUUCCAAAAUCCCCAUCCAAGCUCAAACCAGCAGUGCCUCCUCCACCCAAGGUGACCCCAUCCAAAGAGAUGAAAACAGAAAAUAUCAUCAAGCUGUUUGAUUCUGCAGCAACUCCUGAUAUUAGUGUCACCUCCCCUACAGAGCCAGCAAACUGGGACUCCUGGCCAGAGGACAGCGAUGCCCAAGAAGAGCCCACCAAGAUGCACUAUGACCCCGUGGCUGCUGCUGCGGAGGCCUGGGGGGAUGAUGAUACACCGCCUGCCCACUAUGACCCCAUAGCUGCUGCCACAGAGGGCUGGGGGGACGACGGUACCCAAGCGGUUCCCUAUGAUGCAAACGAGGAUUGGGGGGAUGAUGAAAGCCAGCCGGCUUAUGAGGAACCCGCGGCUGAUGCCCAGGAGGGUCCGGUCGAGGACGAGACCCAGCCGGACACAGAGGACGCCGCGAGUCCUGCUGAGGCGUCUGUAGACACCUAUGAAGAGGAAGCUCCUCCUAAUGCUGCUCAUGAAGAGGAUCAGGGUGAGUCUGAAACAACUCCAGAAGCACCUCCCGAAGCAGAAACAGCGGAAGCAGAAGAAGAAACAAUAACCGAUAAGACACCUGCAGAAAAUGAAGAACCCAUAGAAGUAAAGGCGGAGUCUCCUGAUAUGCCACCUGGUUUCCUGUUUAAAGUCAAAGUGAUGCAUGAUUAUGCAGCAAACGACACGGAUGAACUCGAAAUGAGGGCAGGCGACGUGGUGCUAGUAACGACCUUCGAUAACCCAGAUGAACAGGAUGACGGUUGGCUGAUGGGAUUAAAAGAGGAUGACUGGAAGCAGAAAAAAGAAAAAGCCACCAAAGGAGUAUUCCCUGAGAACUUCACCCAGAGGCUGUGAAAGUUUCAUUGUCACGCUGACUUUUUUCCCCUCUUCAUCCCAUUUCUUCUAUCAUCACCACUCCCUGUCCUAUUCUUGCCCUGUCUAAUGACUUGGACUUUGACCAUAGACACACUGCUGAAAUCACAGUUCAACGACUGUGGAAUCGGAACAAAAACCGGUUAUAGAAAUGACAGCGACUCUAAGAGGCUAGUGUGCUGUCAUUGACUGGACUGAUUAGUGAAUCCUGAUCAGUGGAGAUGUGGCCCCCUCUGUAACGGCUACCCGUAACUCACUUGUUACAUUUCAAUAUAAAUCACCUCUCAUGUUCAACUCGAUAAAACAAAGAAAACAUAGUCAGCUGGUUUAUGAAAGAAAAAUCUGGUUGGGUCUGUUUUUUGUCACAUGUAGCAAGUGAUUUCUAAAUUUUCAGGGAAGGUGAGGUGGAAAGAUCAGGUGUUAAUUAUUUUUGCUUACUGAUCAGAAAUCAUGCGAUUGGCUGGUGACUAGUCCAGGGUGUAAGCCCAAAGAAAGCUGGGAUAGGCUCCGGCACAUUCGCGACCCUUUACGAAGAUGAAUGAAUGAUCAGAAGUCAGUGUAGUUAGUCCUGGACAGCUGUAAACAAUCAUUUACAUCUUAAUUCCUUAUUCCUACUCACUAUGGGACCCCGGUUGUUGUAUUAAUUUCUUUUACAUGGUGAUAAAAGUGGUUUCACAGUGUUGUUGUUAUUAUGCAUUAAACUACCACCACAACAGCAGUAUAUCCAGUACAAAGUCAGUCACUUUGGAAAUGUCUUCUUUUUCCAAAUAUGCAUAAGUCAGGCUUGCCCCGAAGCUUUCCAGCAAACGGCACCAACGAAAAGUUGCUACUGGUACUAAAAUAGGUGGGCAGACCUAAUCACACUCUAAUCAAACAUGUUCUAACUGAGCCAGCUUCAUUCACUUUGAAAAAUCCGUGCUGAGAUCAGCUCCUUCUAAUUACAUCCAAACGACUUUGGUCACAAAUGCAAAUGUUUCCAAAUAUGCACCAGAGCUACUUAUUUUAUUUUUGUAUGCUGCAAAGCUAUGAUGACACUAUCGCCUAUAGUGGUCGACAUAUUUGCCAACUGAGGAUGCUACAGAGCAUUUUGUAUUUAUUUCGGGUUCUCCGCUCUUAAAUAGUCAAGACAUUCAGACUUAACAUAGAUUCACAUUUGUUACCAUUGUAUUCAAGUUAUAUGAGGUGUGUGUGUGUGUGUGUGUGUGUGUGUGUGUGUGAUUGUAUGUGUGCCUGAGAGAUAAAAUUAUUUAUUUAUUGGCUAAUGUUAUGGGACAAACUCCUGGAAGGAAUGUGUUUGUUUCACAGGGAGCUUUUCAGACAAGACAAACGUAUUGGCUCUGGCUGGUAUUACAGGUUCCAGAUGUUAUUGUGCAUUUGUUGUGUAUAAGUGUAAUUUUGCCAAGUGAUGACAGCUACAUAUUCUAUGAAGACAUUCAUAUCUGUACGUGAGUUAAUGUGAGCAUGCUGACUUCCCCUGUGUUGUUGCGUGAAAAACUUUUAUUUAAGGCAAUGCUACUGGGAUUACAUUUGAGGUAAUUUUUGUGCCCACUAAAAGUUUUGUUUAUUAAUUUAUUUUUUUAUAAGGGGGCUUUCGAGCCGAUUUAUAUUGGAUGUUUACACACUGCCCCCUUCCCUUGUUGUUUUCCAUCAACCUUGCCUCAAAAUGUUGCCAGUGUAUUGUGGUCCAAAGAGAUUAAAUUGUGAUUAUAUGGAGGAAAGGCAUAGAGAGACUGACUUUUUUUUUUUUUUAAUUAAUGCUCAGUUGUUCGACCACUUGAGGUUUGCCCCAUUUCCCAUGUGUAAUUUACAGUCACAUGUGAGAACAAUGGCUCCAAAGCCAGCAGAUUUUUGUUCUUCAAUUUAUUUUUCCUCAGUCUGGUUCUCUAUAAUGCAAGUCUCCUGUGAUCACUUUUGGGAUAAAACAGUUAUCUUCCUCACCUAG